CAACACUCAGCUGCCUGCCGAGCUGGCGGCACACGCGCACCUAGCGGAGGGCCGCCUGCAGGCCAUCGAGUCCAUGUCUUCGGAGGGGCUGCUGCCCGCUGCCGCACCCGAGGGGCAUUGGGGCAUCCCGCCCUUCUUCGUACCGCUCGCACAGACCGCCAACGGCGCCAGCCCCGGCGCCGGUGGCUUUGCGCUGCGCGCCCCCACCACCGCCCGCAACGCCUUCCGCCUGCUUCGUGCCAUGCAGCUGCGCAAGGCGGUGCUGCUGGAGGGCAGUCCUGGCGUUGGGAAAACCAGCUUGGUUGCCGCGCUUGCCAAGUCCGUGGGGCAGACGCUGGUCCGCAUCAACCUUUCGGAGCAGACGGACAUGAUGGACCUGUUGGGAGCUGACCUGCCUGCUCCGGGCGGCGCACCCGGGCAGUUUGCAUGGUGCGACGGGCCGCUGCUGG